GAGUAUGGUCUUCCAAAGAAUGACAUGUUCAUAAGUACUGUCUUUAAAAAGACCCUUCAAAAACAAACCAUUCAACAUUCAUCAUAACAUAAACCUUUCACUUCUCUUUCAACAUGUCAACUUCUAAAAGCUCAGAAGAUUCAUCAUUCAAAGGAAAAAAUGAAACAAACCAAACACAAAUGUGUCUAACACUACUUCAAAGGAACACAUCACCACCUUGUAGUGGUGAAAAAAGAGGAAGAAGGAAACAAACAGAACCAGGUAGGUUUCUUGGUGUAAGAAGAAGACCUUGGGGUAGAUAUGCUGCUGAAAUUAGAGACCCUACAACUAAAGAAAGACAUUGGCUUGGUACUUUUGAUACUGCUCAAGAAGCUGCUCUUGCUUAUGACAGAGCUGCUAUUUCCAUGAAAGGAAAUCAAGCUAGAACUAAUUUCAUUUACUCUGAUCAUAGUACUAUCAAUUUUCAUACACUUGUUUCUUCUCCUAUCAAUCAUGUUCAACUUCAAGUUCAGCCUCUCUUGCAACCCUCACAAAUUCUUAAUAACACUAUUACUACUCAAACAAAACAACAAAUCAAUCAAAAUAGCUUUUCUCAUCACCUUAACAAUGAAAACCUCUCUACAUUGAACAAUGACAUGAUUGUGAGUGUUGAUAAUGAAAAAACAACAAAUAAAUCAUCAGCUCAUUCUCAUGAUGAUAAUUUCUUCUUUUCAAGUGAUUCUUCUAACUCUGGCUAUCUUGAAUGCAUAGUUCCUGAUAACUGUUUUAAUCCUGCUUCUUCUAACCGUUCAAACUCAAGAAACAGCAAUGUAAGUGUUUCAAGUGAUCAAAAAUUUACAUCUAAGGUUGAAAGUAACCAAGUUUCAAUGGAGGGUCAAUCACAUUUUGGCAUUACUUCUUUUUCUGAAGAAAUGCCAUCAAGGGUCUCUAACUUUUCUAAUUAUUAUCCGAGUGAUGAAAUUAUCGGUCAAGAAUUUUGGGAUUGGAACUCAAGUGAACUUUCAGCUAUAUUUAACAACAACUCAUUAAGUGUUGAAGAUGAAUGCUGCAUGGAUACAACAUUUUAUCCUAAUUAUCCUAUGAUGAUUGAAGCUCUAAGUCCAAGCUAUGGAAUAAUGAAUGAACAAGCUGCUUCUUCAACUAAUUGUUCUCCAUCACUUGAUUUGGGAUACAAUCUCUUUUGAGUUUUCUAGAUAAGGUGCAUUUGCAUAUACUAAGGAGUGUUUAGCUCUUGUCUACUUGCAUUGCAUUGCAUGCACUAGUACUUUUUUGUUUUUGAUUUUGUUUUUCUAGUAACUUGGGUCUAGCUUUAGCUAGCUAGAUGUAACUAUUUUGUUCUCUAAUCGUGUGAGGUGUGUCAUUAUAAUAUUUAUAUUAUCGUAAUUAUAAAAAACAUCUUUAGAUGUAUAAUUUGUCUA